CCAGCUGUUGUCGCGCGUGGAGGCUGCGGUUACUGGCCUCAUGGCGGUCCGAGCGUCGUUCGAGAACAACUGUGAGAUCGGCUGCUUUGCCAAACUCACCAACACCUACUGCCUGGUGGCCAUCGGAGGGUCGGAGAACUUUUACAGUGUGUUCGAGGGUGAGCUCGCCGACACCAUCCCCGUGGUGCACGCAUCCAUCGCCGGCUGCCGCAUCAUCGGGCGCAUGUGUGUGGGGAACAGACAUGGUCUCCUUGUGCCCAACAAUACCACUGACCAGGAGCUGCAACACAUUCGCAACUGCCUCCCAGAUUCAGUUCAGAUCCGGCGGGUAGAAGAGCGACUUUCGGCCCUGGGAAAUGUCACUACCUGCAAUGACUAUGUGGCCUUGAUCCACCCAGACUUAGACAGGGAGACAGAAGAAAUCCUGGCUGAUGUGCUCAAGGUGGAAGUCUUCAGACAGACAGUGGCUGAUCAGGUGCUAGUAGGAAGCUACUGUGUCUUCAGCAAUCAGGGAGGGCUGGUACAUCCCAAGACUUCAAUUGAAGACCAGGAUGAGCUGUCCUCUCUUCUCCAGGUUCCCCUUGUGGCAGGCACUGUGAACCGAGGCAGCGAAGUGAUUGCUGCUGGGAUGGUGGUGAACGACUGGUGUGCCUUCUGUGGCCUGGACACAACCAGCACAGAGCUGUCAGUAGUAGAGAGUGUCUUCAAGCUGAAUGAAGCCCAGCCUAGUACCAUUGCUACCAGCAUGCGGGAUUCCCUCAUUGACAGCCUCACCUGAGUCAUCUUCGUCGCUGUUCAUAGGCUUCUGCCUCUGGACUUUGGCUCUUGCUCUACGCGGUUUGUACUGGAUGCUGGCUGGGAGAUGGCAGAGAGCUCACUUGGACUCAGUGACUAGAUUCCCAACCCUUUACCUGCACCCAUCUCCUGGAUCUAGUUGCUGCAAAAAUCUGACACAUACGCUGCCUUGUCAGGUCCUAUGGCUCCUGGCUGAGAACUCUGCUGUCUUGUGCCACCCCAUUAAAGGGCAUCUGCCUCUGGCCAUUCUGAAUGUGUUAUUUGGGGCUUCAGCCGCUCC